AUGGGGCCCUGGCCACAGCCCCUUGGGUCUGGUGGGAAUGCCUCCCAUGCUACCUAUGUGCAGCGGGAGCAGCCUUUCCUUGUGAAGAGGGAAGAACAAGAUGCAAAACUACAGAAAAGCUCAAAAGCAACCCAACAAAUAGAGGAUAAGGAUGCAGAAGUGGUCUUUGUUGGGGUAAUUUCAAAUUCAAAACCAGUCAUUUCCAAUAUUUUAAACAGAAUCAACCCAAGGUCAAGGAGAAAAACGUAUAAUCACCUAAUAAAAGAUACUGGACCCAGAUUGAAGCCUACACGUUAUAUGAACCCUACAACACAAACAAACUCACAACCUGAAUCAAGAUCAGCAAGUCCUAUGAUUACUAAGCCUUUAUGUAAAUCUAAUUCUAAAAAUGAGUCACCACAAGUUAUGCCCAUUAGGUCCUCAGGAUGUUCUACUAUAGUUACCCCCACAAGGUCAUGCCAUCAAUCAGGAGCAGCAGCAUUUUCAGUAAGAAGUGUGAGUACAAGUCCUUGUGUGGCAAAGCGCCAAAGUUUCACUUCUAAAGGAAGUAGCAUAAAUCCCAAGAGGCCUAAACUUACUGAUAGACACAUAGGAAAACGUUCUUCAGCUUUGUCUCUUUCCAGUAAUAUUCAUACAGUGAAUGCUCAGCAAAAUCCACCCUCAAAUGGUGUUCAUGCCUCAUUAAGUCUUGUUCAGAAUGGUCCACCAAGAGCUUUUCCAAAAGACAGGAUCCAUUUUAAGCCAAUCAGUUUGCAUCUUGGUAGGGAAAAUGGAUUGGCACAAACAGACUUUUCAAGUCUAGGACAUGAGAACAAGACAGAAAAGAAAGGAAAACUGACACUUUUACUUGAUGAUUUCUACUAUGGACAUCGUAAGGGAUAUGGACGUGCAGGACAGAAGACUCUCAUACACUUUAAAUGUUCCAGAUGCCAGAAAGUUCUAAAAAAUAUGAAGUUUAUGAAUCAUAUGAGGCACCAUUUAGAACAUGAAAAGCAGAGUGACAACUGGGAAAAUGAUAUCACUUGCCAGCACUGCCACCAAAAAUUCCCCAUGCCCUUCCAGCUGCAGUGUCACAUUGACAGAGUGCAUUCUCCUCAAAAACAUUCUGAUGUCUGUAAAAUCUGUGAAUUGUCAUUUGAAACAGAUCAAGAUCUUUUACAACACAUGAAGGACAAUCAUAAGCCUGGGGAGAUGCCUUAUAUAUGUCAGGUUUACAAAUAUAGAUCAUCAGUCUUUGAUGAGGUGAUAUCACAUUUUAAAAUGUGCCAGCAAUACAAACUAUCUGCUCUGUUUUGUCUUAGAAUUUUCAGAACUGCACCAACAUACACGGGUCAUUAUACAGGGCACUGGGAAAGGUGUGCUCAUCAAUGUUCUAAAUGUACGCUGCAGUUUCUGACAUUCAAGGAGAAAAUACAGCAAAAGACCCAAUGUCACCAAAUGUUUAAGAAGCCUAAGCAAUUAGAAGGAUUGCCUCCUGAGACGCAAGUUGUUAUUCAAGUGUCCCUGGGUCCCUUCCAGCCAGGAUCAAUGACAGCAUCAUCCAUUACUGUGAACAUAUCUGACUUUGAACCAUCU